AUGUCUCCUCCGAAUAAAAAAGAAAAGAUUAUUAUUGUGGGAGCUGGAGUAUAUGGUCUUUCAUCUGCUUUGUCCUUUUUAAAGGAUGGUUUUGAAGAUGUCCAUCUUUUUGAUAAAAAUGAUUAUACCACACAAAGCUACAGUUGGUUUAAAGGUUGUGAUAGUGCUUCAUCCGACAUGAACAAAAUUUUCCGUUCUUCUUACGGGAAACAAACCCAUUAUCAAGAAAUGUCUCUUGAAAGUAGAGAGGUUUUUUUCGAAUGGAAUAAGAUGAUUGCCGAAGAGGGCUUCGAAGGAGGCGAUCCAAUAUAUAUCAAUUCAGGAAAUGUGCAUUUAACCGAUCAACAAGAAUUACCAUCAUUUGAACAGGAGACGUUGAAAGCAAUGCCAAAGGAUGCUAUUGAUAUCAAUGACCCUGAUGCGAAGUCAAAAGUUUUGGGAAAAGGGUUGUCUGACACUUCCGUAGACCCAUUUUUGUGUAAAAGCAGGGGUAUUAAAUUACAAGGAAUUAUCGAUACUACUGGAGGUACAAUUAUUGCCGACAAAAUGUGCAGAUGGGUUCUUCACUUAUGCCACCGACAUGGAGGUUCGAGAUUUAAACCACGCUUAGGCUCAGAAAUUGAACAGCUAUUGGUUACACAUAAUAAAGUCUCGGGUGGUAAGAAAUGUGUCGGGAUCAAAACCAAAGAUGGUGAGCUGCAUUUUUCCAAACUUGUAAUAUGUCAUUUAGGAGCUUGGACUGCUCAAUACAUUCCUGAAGCUAGCCAAAAACUUGAAGCAACAGGUGGGACGGUUGCAUUAAUAAAAAUCAAGGAUCCAAAGCUUCUUAAACGAUUUAAUCCUGAAAAUUUUCCUCCUUGGACUUACAAAGCCCGAGAUGGAGUAUUGGGUGGCUUAUAUGGCUUUCCAGUCAGUUCUCCUGGUGGAUAUUUGAAAAUUGGCUAUAGAGGCAUCAAGUGGAUUAACCCAUCAGGCGGCAUUAACUCAAAAGUCAAGACCAGGUACACGUGCGAUAAUGAAACUAACGUCCCAUUAUUUGGGUUGAAUUUGAUCAAGAACUUUCUUAGAGAGUAUUUACCGGAAAUUGAUAGAAUAACAGGUACAAGAAUCUGCUGGUAUUCAGAUACGGUGGACAAUGACUUUCUUAUUUCUUAUUGCCCAGAUUAUGAAGAAGAUUCAUUAUUCGUUGGAGCUGGCGAUUCUGGUCAUGCUUUCAUGAUGUUUGGUGUUUUGGGAGACCAUAUCAAAAAUAUUAUACUUGGUGAAGGCGAUCCAUUUUUGACCGAAUUGUUCUCUUGGUCUAGAAAAAGAGAAAAAUUAAAUCAAAUUAAUUGGGGGUUAGACGAUCCGAGAGCUUUGCAAAACGUAAAGAUGGCCACACCGAGAGAUUGGAUUGUCAAUCGUGCUAAAAUGUGA